AUUUCUUAUAAAUAUCCGGGAUCCCUUCCCUCCUUCCUUUCCAAAGUAAAACAGAUUUUGCAGAAGCCAUCAUGGCCGUUGAUCUCGCUUCUCCUCUUCUCAUUCUCACCGCUCUUCUUCUCCUCCAUCCUUCAAUCCAAGCCAAAGAAAUCCAGUACUGCGAUAAAAAGGGUGACUAUGCUGUUGAGGUCAAGGGAGUAGAGAUGUCUCCAGAUCCGGUGGUGAGAGGAAAGCCAGCUACUUUCAGCAUCUCUGCAUCUACUGAUGAAGCCAUCUCUGGAGGGAAAGUGGUGAUCGAGGUUUCAUAUUUUGGUGCGCACAUCCACACCGAAACGCAUGACCUUUGUGGGAAGACGCCUUGCCCAAUCGCAACAGGCGAUUUUGUGCUGUCUCACACCCAGUCUUUGCCAGGAUUCACUCCACCAGGUUCAUAUAGACUUAAGAUGAAAAUGGUGGACGGGACCGGGCAUCAGUUGACAUGCAUCAGUUUUGGUUUCAAUAUCCGGGCUGGCUCAUCCAUCGCAGAUAGUUAAGUGGGU